UCCUACGGUAGUAACACGGAUCGUGCUAUCAGACGCUCGUUGCCUUCAUGACCAGUGCCUUUUAACUCUUCGAACCACAACACGAUAGGACGCGACGCGCGACUCCGCUUCAUAGUCAUCGAUCAAACGAUCAUCUAGAACACCAGCACUCUACACGAUCGCUGGACCAGCAAUAGCGCAUCACAAUGUCGCGCGUUAUGCUGAGGGAGUCGCCGAACGCGGCCUUAGACAAGACCUUGUUAAGUAAAUACCUCGACCUGCCCCAACCGGAGGAUAAAAUUCAGGCGAAAUACAUCUGGAUCGAUGGUACCGGUGAGGGUAUACGAAGUAAGACCAGGACGGUAGACUUUGUGCCGAAAAAUCCAUCAGAACUGCCAAUAUGGACGUACGACGGAAGCUCGACCUACCAAGCAGACGGCGCGAACAGCGACAUUUACCUUUGCCCGGUGGCGAUCUACAACGACCCCAUCCGCCGCGGAAAUAACAAGCUGGUACUCUGUGACACUUACUAUAGCGACAUGACCCCGACCACGUCGAAUAAGCGUUUCAAGUGUAAUGAGGCCAUGGAAGCUGCUAAGGGUCAAGACCCAUGGUUCGGAAUCGAGCAAGAGUAUACCUUCCUUGAUUUCGAUAAAAGACCGCUUGGCUGGCCGAAAAACGGUUUCCCUGGUCCUCAAGGACCCUACUACUGUGGCGUGGGCGCUGAUAAAGUAAUUGGUCGUGAAAUCGUCGAGGCACAUUAUCGAGCUUGUCUUUACGCUGGCGUAAAGAUUGCCGGUACUAAUGCGGAAGUGAUGCCCUCGCAAUGGGAGUUCCAAGUCGGUCCAUGCAGCGGAAUAUCAGCUGGGGACGACUUAUGGAUUGCUAGGUUUCUUCUUCAUCGCGUAGCCGAGGAGUAUGGCGUAGUCGUUACUCUAGACCCGAAACCGAUGGAAGGCUCGUGGAAUGGUGCUGGAGCACACACGAACUUCUCGACGAAAGCAAUGCGUGCCGAGAAUGGCAUUAACGAGAUCGAAAAGGCGAUCAACAAGCUAAGCAAACAACAUCUUAGACAUAUCCAAGCAUAUGAUCCCCGCGGAGGAAAGGACAAUGAACGCCGUUUAACAGGAAAAUGUGAAACUAGCAGUAUACACGACUUCAGUGCCGGCGUGGCCAAUCGCAAUGUUAGUAUUCGCAUUCCUCGAAGCGUUGCUGAGGAAAAGAAAGGUUAUUUGGAAGAUAGGAGACCCAGUAGCAACUGCGAUCCCUACUCGGUGUGCGACGCAUUGGUACGCACUUGCGUGUUGGAUGAGUAAAGAGCGUUAACUCAAUCUCAAAUGAAUGUAGACAGUGGAAAGGAUAAAUUGGAUGAGAGAUUUUGUAGUGCAAUAGUGGUUGUACCUUCGUCGAACAUAUUCUGUGGAAACGUAUGAAAAGCCUGCUAGAUAUAUAAUGACAUUGUUCGACACGAAUUUUAAUCUGUAAUUCGGUAAAUUUUGUACAGCUUAACUUCCUAAAUACGAAUUCGCAAACGAAAUUGCUCUAUCACUCUCAGUUUUUGAAAAAUAUGAGUUUCUAAAAAAACGCACGAUUUUUUGCUAUAAUGAAGGAUUGCGCGAAAAGUAAGAAGUUUGGAAGUUCAUUCUUAUCUUAAAGGUUAGGCGAGAGAUAUUCAUAUAAUUAUUUAUGCUUUUGAAUAAUUGCAAUUGGUCAUCAAAAUUUAAAAUUGAACCGUCGAGCGUACUUCUUAUGCACUAUUUUUGUAUUUGUGCAAAAAGUUCUUUAUCCAGCACGAAUUUGAUAUACGGUAUCGUAUUCUGUACACUUUUCCGAAGAAGAAAUCAUUGUGAGAAAAUGUUGGGAUGAUCACCAAUGUUGUCAGGACGGUAAAAUAUACAUUUGCAACGCAUGAACUGUGUUUUGCCGCCACGCAGCCAUUGCUCAUUUAUCUAAACUCGGCAGGGCCGUAACUAAAUAUAAUCGAUGUCAAU